AUGAAGCGCGAUUACGACCACCUAUUCAAGUUGGUGUUGAUUGGCGACUCUGGCACAGGGAAGUCCUGCUUGCUGUUGCGUUUUGCUGACGACGCAUUUACCGACAGCUACAUCACGACCAUCGGCGUCGACUUCCGCUUCAAAACGAUUCCAGUGGAGCAGAAGACAGUCAAGCUGCAGAUUUGGGACACAGCCGGCCAGGAACGGUUUCGAACCAUCACCAGUGCAUACUAUCGCGGCGCCGAUGGCAUCAUCUUGGUCUACGACAUAUGUGAUCGGGAAUCAUUUUCUCACGUGGAAGACUGGCUGAAUGAGGUCAGCAGAUAUGUGAACGAAAGUACCUCUAAGAUCUUGCUGGGGAACAAAUGUGACAUGACAGCAGAGAGGCAAGUUUCCACCGAGGAGGCGCAGAAGAAAGCAGAUGAACUUGGCAUACCCUUCAUCGAAACUUCUGCCAAAGACGCCACGCACGUGGAAACAGCCUUCAGCAUGAUGUCAGCAGAGUUGAUCAAGAAGCGCGAGAAGCAAGGUGCCAGACCCAUCGGGGAUGUAGGACUUGGGAGACCGCGUAGUUCCAGUACCUCGUGCACGUGCCCUGGCAAUUAG